AUGCAGAUGCGCUGGUGCUGUUGUUGGCGGCUGUUGCAGGGUAGUUGCAAGACUGAAUCCCCUGUGAUGCUGCUGAAGGAAAUCUGCAGUCGAUAUGAGUCGCUGUUCGUGACUGGACGUCCUGAUCAAGGUGGGCUGGAUGGCUACCGGUACCGCUACGAUGCGUUCGUUGCGUGCUGCUCGACAAAAGAUGCGACGUGGUGA